AUGGCAGAAUCGAAAGUUUUUGCUGUUCAACUCGACGAAGUAAAUGAAGAGGAAUUCGAACUCCGGAUCAAAGCACAUGGCAAAAAACAACACCGCAACUUUACUGGAUAUGACCAACAGAAACCUGCAGUUGUCUAUGGCUAUCGACACGCCACCGUCCAUGGCUCCUUUAUUGAUGGCCAGGAUCAACCUCAAGACGGUAGUCUGAUUAUUCUUGAUUGGCACUUCUUACCAAGAGACCCAAGGAAGCGCUUCAAGUUUGUGGGAAUCAACGUCGUCUUCCAGGGUCCAGAAGGAUGUAGCGCAUGGGACGAGCCGGCAGUGUAUCAGAUGGCACCUAGAGGAAGCUUCUCUCUCCAUAAGACAAGUUAUACGGAAGAGAGAAAGAGAGACUUGGAAGCCUCUUUGGGGGCCGAGUUUGGUGGAUCUGCGAGCUUGAAAGGCGUCUAUGGCCUAUCAAAGUCAACCACCAUUGGAGACAAGAUCCGCAUCACUGGACAGCCUUACCUCGACCUUAGCACCGGGGCAGAGCGUGAUCCUGAUAAGUGCAAUGCUAUCGAAUGGAACUUUUUCGAAAACGAGUCUCAAAGGAGUGGCUUGCCGACAUAUGUACGCAUAGCAAUACUGCUCAGUCGCGAGACUGAUGAUGAGUUCACGGCCGCCUUCACCAUUAGGGCAAAAGUGGGAAUGUUCACCGACAUGGAGACAAAACUUCGGAGGGUAUUGGGACGGAAGGAUGGUGAUGAUCCGAUAGUGUUCGUGCCCAGUAUGAAAGAGAAAACGGCCUUUGAUAGCAAAUCUCAUGAGCUUCAUAAGGUUGACCUACUGGAUCAGUGCAUCUUCGUCAUGGAUGUAGAUGUGCCUGGAGAUUCUGGCGAGAAGGAAGUAGAAGAGCCUGAGAGGCCGGAAGGUGGAAGUGAAGCUGGAGUUAGUCUCGAAGUUAGUAUUUGA